CGCGUCGUGUGGCUCGCUUCGACCUUGAACGUGUUGUCCAUCCUCUGCCACCGACCAACACAGCUGCCUGCGGUCGCCUUGUCCUUAGUCUCGCACGAUUGAUUACUGGGAAGCACCAUGGCUGCUGCGCCUGCAUCUCUCAAACACCAGCUACAAAAGAUAGCGGGGAGGUGGGCCGAAGACCCGUUCCGGCCGAAUGUUCAGCUCAAGACUUUCCUCGCUUCGCUCGCCGAGCACCCGAACCUCACCCCUGCGGCGGUAUGCUCCACACGUGCAUUGGAGGAAGACGAGUUCAAGAAGAAGUAUCCUCUGUCAGACAAAAUCUUCAAGCCCGCUUCUAUGCCUCAUCACUACACGCGCCUCCUUGAAGCCUUUGAGAAGGCCGCGCAGGGUAUCGCUCGGCCUUGGUGGAAGAUUUUUUUCAACAUCUGGUAAUCCCCGGACAGCGUCCGACGGCCCAUUCCGUGGUACAUAGUCUACCGCCGAACAGCACCCAAGAUCCCAGUCUAUACAUGCGUGUAUGGGUUCUCACGGGAGAGACAGCGUGACCGCGUGCACGGCGCUAUCACAAUGUCCGGACCACGGAGGACGGGGGAUACGUGUGUGGGACAUGAGUGCGUCCGGCGUCGAUUGCUGUUCCGAGAACCGUCCAGCUCUUCGACCCAUGUUGGUGUUGCUUUCUUCCUAACGUGGAUUUUGACCACGUACCAUACUCGCAUGGGAAUUUUGCGUACCAUCCCCAAUAACCG